UGGAGCAGUAGUGCAAAAUAAUAAUGUGGAGAAGUGGGCUUAGACAAAGGGCUAAGGAAUUGUUAAUGAUUCUUCCAUCUUGCUCAUUUUUACCACCUUCUCCUUCACCUUCACAACAUCUGGCAUUCACCAAGAAGCCACUUCUAGGCCUAGCCAACGCUUCUCUGUGUUCGCCUGGCACAAUGAGCACCGCCACCAAUCUCGACGGAAUAUUCAAGCAGAAACAGGUCCUUCGAUCCAAAGUCCGCAAGUCCCUCAAGUCCAUGGACCCUUCCCUCAGAUCUCAAGAAGACGAUGCAAUUCAAAGUCUUGUUUUGGAAGCUCCAUGGUUUAAAUCUAGCCAGAGGUUGUGUGCUUAUAUAACUUGUAGUGCUCUGCGUGAAGUUGACACUUCAAAAUUGUUGUCUCAAAUCCUGCAAAAUCCAACCAAAGAUGGGUCAGUUGAGAAUGCAAAAAAGCUUUAUGUUCCGCGUGUGGAGGACAAGAAUAGCCACAUGCGAAUGCUCAACAUUUCAAGUAUGGAUGAUUUAAUUGCAAACUCUAUGGAUAUUCUAGAACCAGCUCCAGUAGAUCAACAUGGAAAUGCACGGGAAGAUGUUAUGCAGGCAAAUGACCCAGUUGAUUUGUUCCUCCUGCCUGGACUUGCAUUUGACAAAUCUGGAAGACGCUUGGGCCGUGGUGGAGGUUAUUAUGACACUUUCCUGAGGAAGUAUCAAGAACUUGCAGAGGAGAGGGACUGGAGGCAACCCCUCUUAGUUGCACUUUCAUAUUCUCUGCAAAUCAUAGAUGAUGGAGCUAUACCGGUAACUUUGAAUGAUGUACCAGUGGAUGUUCUUGUGUCCCCAGCUGGAGUGAUUCCCAUUAGCCAAGCUGCCUUAAACAGAAUGCAGAUUUGACAUUGGACUUUGAAACACCACAUCAAUCUUCUUCAAAGCCUUCAAGAAAUUAAUUUGGUUGGCCUGUAACAUGAUGAGGAUUUUAUAUCUUUAAGGCGUGCAAUGCUAGACUUCUGCAAUUGGAAUAGGAUUAAACUUUCAGAUAUGCCAUCAAUGAGAGGCCAUGAUUGGUUGUCCAAGGAACAUGACAUUUGGUCCUUGGAAAUAGUGCUUGAUGUGAAAUGGGUUGGCAUGAUCUGUAUUUGCCGUGGGCAACUAACAAAGUUGAGAUACUGGAAAUAAGUAUUGGAAUAAUUAACUUUCUUGAUACUUUGUUUUUUCAUUGUUUGACGAACUCUUUUCUGUAUAAAAUGGAAUUAAAUUGAAUGUUGACAA